AUGACCAAGGAUCGGAUUCCUUCGCCAAUGAGCCAGGUCAGCCCCGCUGAAGACUUAACGCUCACAGCGAGACCAGCAAGACCAGUACGAGCCGCCUCGUGCAACAUCGAGCUUCCCCCCGAAGCGGCCAGCUCUGCUUCGCCAGAGAGGCAGCUGCAGCAAUUGCACGAGCGCAAGCCUACUACACCGACUACGCCCACUUUUAUCCUUUCGCCGUACAGCCUUUUUAGUGGUUCUGAGAGCGUAAAGAGUGGCGAGCCCAUGCUGCUUGGUGGCUGGAGUCGCAGUAGAUCCACGCAAGCAAAGGAAGCAAAGCAACGCCCAUCGCUUCACAGACCAUCGACCAUGCUCUCGGAUGACAGCAAGACCGGCAUCGCUUCGCUCGCGUCCGGUGACAACGAUCUCAAGGGACCGUCAGCAAGAGGCCCACAGUCUGGCAAAAACUUGUUCGGACUGUCCUCGCUCAGAUACACACUCUACACGCGCAAAGGACGCAGGGGCUUGUCCACCAGCUUGAGAGCUUGGACAUCGUACAAGACGAUUCUGGCGCUCACUCUACUGCUGGUUGUCUCUGUAAGGCUGCUGUUUGCGCCAUCGGCUCCGAUCGAGCACGGCGUCAACGGUCGCAUCAACGCGCACAAGUUCACCGACGCCGUUUUCCUCAAUGACUGGAUUGACCAUGUCGUUCACCAUCCCGUGCGAGCGCGAGACAAGGCAGGCUUCGCCGAGAUGGGCCUGCGUACCGAAAUGUAUGCGCACCUGCUGCGUCACCAGAACGUGCCCAAUUUUGACCGCAUGGAACGGGCUCUGUGGCCUUUUGUACCCGGUAUCAAUCAGCUACGAAAGUGGUGGCAAGCUUCGGUGCAGGCCAAGCCUCAAGAGUACGCCGCGGCUUCCGCCUCUUCUGGCUCGCAAGAUGACGAGGGACUGUUUUCGCGCAAAUUCCGCAGCGGUCCUUUGAUUAAGCAUGGUUCGCGUGGCAUUGUCAUGUCGCUUGGCUAUAAAGGCUCGGUAUUUGCCUCGCAGUUCAUCUCGAUCAUCCGCGAAAAGCAUCGAAACGAUAUUCCGAUCGAGUUGUACUACUAUGGCGACUCGGAUCUGCCGUCCAAGUAUCGCGACUACCUCACAAGGAGCUAUCGCAACGUUCGAUGCGUCGAUCUCGAAUCGCUUGGCCUAUUUGAUCCUGAUUUGGUUCAGCUCGAGCGACAGGGUUUUGCCAUCAAGCCAUUUGCUUUGCUCGCUACCAAUUUCACCGAGGUGAUUCUCGCCGAUGCCGAUGCGAUUCUGCUCGAGGAUCCAGAUCAAUUCUUUGAGGAACCUGGCUACCUUGAUACUGGCACACUCUUUUUCCACGAUCGUGACCAUCUUCGCAAAGGAGCUGACGAGAUUAUCCAGGAAUUCAUGAACCAUCAGCUUUCGCUGCGCGGACCUUCACCGCGACUCGCAUCGAGCGAGUUCUGGAAGAAGAAGGGCAUUUUCGAGCAAGAGUCGGGUAUCGUCGUGGUCGACAAGAGAAAGACGGAUGUGUUUGCAGCCUUGCUCUUCACAGCAUGGCAGAACAUGGGUGAGAUCAGGAAGAAGACGACCUACAGGAUCUGGUGGGGAGACAAGGAGACGUUUUGGCUCGCGUUUGAGUUUUCCAACUUCCCGUACUAUUUUGUACCUAGGUAUGCCCAGGCGAUCGGAACCACAAGGAGGGUGAGCAAGGCAGAGAAGAUGGAGAGGGCUGCCAAGGCAAAAGCAAAGGCGGAACGAAAGGCGAAAGAGGAAGCGGAAAAGGCGCAAAAAAAGGGUAACAAGAAGCCGGCAGAGGCAGAGAAGAAAGACGAGGCCGCUGCUCCUGCUCCUGCUCCUGCUCCUGCUCCUGCUCCUGCUCCUGCUCCUGCUGUUGCCGGAGAUGCGAAGCCAAAGGUCAAAAGGGACGACAAGAAGGCAGCUGCCGGUGUGGUUCACUUUGACGAAGCUGGCGAUGCUAUACCUGUAGUGGAGGACCAAGUGAAUCCGUUCAAAGAAGGCAUUCUGCCCGGCGAGCCUGAGCCGGAACCAGUGCGGCCAGAGUCUCCACACGACGCUGCCAUCUCUUCGGAUACCUCGCUGAUGGAAGAAGAGGAAUUCUGCUCUGAACACCCGCUUCACUUCCUCGGUGCCGACACGGAAGACAGCAACUACACCAUGGCGCUCGGUCGUCCCGCGUGGUUCAACGGCGGCAUCCUCGACGUCAAGUCGAUUUCGGAUGAGGUGUACAUCCAGCCAAACGCGUUCACGUUGGAAGGCGCUUGGGAAUUCUUGUUCGACGAGGAACAAUGGUGCAUACGCAACUACACGCUGGGCGACCUGAAGCAGUUCGACUUGACGGACCGGAUCGAUGAGAUUAAGAGCAUCGCGAAGAAGGCCGAGGACAAGUUCCACGCCAAAAUCCCGAAACUUCCUAAGAAGGUCAAGAAGGAAAAGUAG